CUCUUCCGCCCUGGCGCAGUUGCCGGGGGCAACGGUCCCAUCCGGCCGGAGUGUCUAGCUGGGAGCGCAGCGACGGCCUCUGCGGAUGGACAUCGUGGGAGGAGGGAGACUUUUCAGAAAAACUAGAUGCUGUUAAACCUGGCCUGGUGGUCGGGCUUUCCCUCUGACCCACAGAAUGGUGGGGGCUGAGUCACCUCCUGAGCCUCGGUUAGAAAAAUAUCAACCAAGGUAGCUGUUGACGUUCCAGCAGUCUCUACUUCCUCUUUACCACGUCCUCCCUGCUGAAAGCCCGCUAAUGCAGAUGAGCAAGCCGAAGCACAGAGUGGUCAAGUAACUUGCCCAGCAUCACACAGGCUAGGACUCCUGCACUGUUUCUGUCAGGUGUGGUUGGUUUUGCCUUCACUGACCCCUGUGGUCAGGCCUGUGCGAGGCGCUCUAAGUACCCAGAUGGGGAUGAGCAAGCAGAAUGGCUUCCAGAAGAAGAACCGGCCAUCCCACGCGCAAUAUUUUUGGUGAUUUUAGUGAUCUUUCCUUAGAGGAUUCAAGAAUGGAAGAAAUCAGAAACUUGAAAAUCGGUAGAAGUCUUACCCAAGUAGCACCCGGCCGCAGCAGAUUUCUCAAAGGACACCAAACUAUGGGUGUAAAAUACUCACUCCCGAAAGAGAAUGCUGUUGUGGAGGGUGGGCUCAGAGUGUCUUCGGGGAGACCCCCGAUCACUGCCUCGAAGCUCAGGGCCAGCGCUGCGCUCACAAAACUGGCUCAGCUGGAAACCAAGAUCAUGAAUCGUAAAGCUCAGGCGGAUUUGUCUGAUGUGGAAUCUGACCUGAAGACCCCCGAGGACAGUCUUCCGAGGAGCGCAGAUACAGCCCUUCCCAGGAGCACAGUCGGACUUUCCUCACACGGCCCAGAGAAAACCCAGAAACAAGCCCAUGAAACUCCCACGGCCGGGAGCGGCACACAGAGUGGGAAGGUCAGUAGGUUUCUAAAGAAGAGGGAACCACGCGUUGAAAAUGGGUUCCCUGAAACACAUUGUGGAAAAGAGAGGAGUUUUCAAACACCCAAAGAGAAAAAACCCACUAGAAAACUAGAUUCUCCAGACAGCGAUGAGGAGGAAAUGAAAGAGUUGCUAGGAGGCUUGGUAGAAUCUUCUAGAGAAAAAGAAACAUACACGAAUCGGCGUUUCGUCAGCUCCAAAGUCAGUGAGAAAGAACAAACAAAAGUAUUCUCGGAUCAGAUCCCAACUCAACCAAGAAUCCUUUCACUACCCAGUGAGGAACCUCCCGGCCCAAAGCCAUUUCGGACAUCAUGUCUGCCAGCCUCACAGUCAGCAGACGGGACCCUUCGCGGCACGCGCUCAAAAGCUCGCUCCCCACAGACUCACGCUGCAGGGGACACAGCCGCCUGCACAGCAUCACUGUCCAUCACUGGCACCUUUUCAAAAUCAGCCUCCAUGACGCCACAUGGCAAGCUCUCCCCUGGAAGGAGUGAGCCUGAGCCUCACGAUCAGUCGCCCUCAGAAGCUGCCGAUGACAGCCUGAAUGAUUUUCGAAUCAAUCUUUUAUCCCUCGAUGAUCUGGCUCCAGCUGUCAGUGAGAACUCAGACUUGGAACGGAAAAAAGAAGGGCAGCGGGAAAAGGCAUCCAGCCAAAGUCCCCAGGCAGGGGGCCCUCCCACUGGAAGCGAGAUCUCAGAGUGCCUGAGCGAGCCAUCGGCUUCCUCUGCCGGGCCUGAGGAUGCUUCCAGCCCGAGGCCAACGUCUCAGGAGCCCACGGCCAGCACAGUGAGCUCGGCUUACUCAGAAGAUUUUGAAAAAUCCCCACAUUCGACAGCAUCCGAGUCAAGGGCCCGUUCCAAGUCUCCUGAAAGGACGCUGGACACUCUGUCAGAAUCCUCUGCAAGCCUGAAGACAGACCUUCCCCUGCGAACGCUCAAACCUUGGAAAAAGCAAGUCAGGGACGUUACAAGAGUCAUCAUGAAGGAGACGGCUGUGCAGACCCUCGAGCCCGCCUUCACCUACCAGUGGGUGGAGGGGCCCGGCGUGGCGGCCGUCGGACCGGCUCUGGGAGGUGCCUACGUGGACCCUGUGCCCAUUGCCAGCCACGUCGUCAGCGCGGACUCCAUAGAAGCCCUGACAGCUUACAGCCCGGCCGCGUUGGCGCUCAACGACAUGCUGAAGCAGCAGCUGAGCCUGACGCAGCAGUUCGUGGAGGCCAGCCGACACCUGCACGUGUCCCUCCUGCAGUCCCUGGACCGAGACUCCUUCCACUACCACACCCUGGAGGAAACCAAACAGGUGACCGCAGCACACACCCCCUUCCUGGGAGAGAGGGCAGGGGCCUUUGCACGCGAAGGGGGACAGGGCUCAGCCCGGGCAGCAGGGACACCGUGGGCCCAGUCACCUACAGUCCUAGGGAAAGGAGCUGUCCUCGUCCUUGGCGAGAGCAGUAUGGGACGGGGGCAGCGAGAGGCAGCCUGGCGUGGGCUGCGGCUGGCUAGGCUGUGUGUGACCUUGGAGCAAUGGGGACCUCCUCGGUGGGGGCUCCUGUCCCUCUGCAGACCCGUCCCCAAGCUCUGCCCAGUCCUGUGGGCUGAAGUGCCAAGACUGUCACACUCACCUCUCACUCCCCCCUAAAUUUAAUUUUUGUUUGAUUGUAAAAAUUUUCUUCUCAUUUUGUAAAAAUUUUGUUACAGAGGUGGGUAAUUUAUAAAGCCGUCCAUAAUUUCAGAGAGAAUUCGAUAUUCUUUAGAUUUUCCCUGUGUAAAAUAUGAACAUUAUGUAUGAAAUACACAAUAUUAUGUAUGUUUCAUACUAUAUGUUGUAAGAUAUAUAGCAUACUAGGUAUUAGAUAUGAUAAUGUUUCUAGAGAUGGCAUCACACCACAUGAACUUCUGCACGGUCGUUUCUGGCCUUUUAUCCACAAAUAUCUUGCUUUGUAGUUCUUAAAACUAAGGACUUUGGAACAAAAUGGUCACAGUAUCAUUAUAACACCCAAACCAAAUGAACUUUUAUUUUCUUAGUAUUGGUGGAUAUCCAGGGGUAGAUUCCCACUUGGCUCAUGCAAGUCGAACAUUUUGUUGCUAUUUGCUUCUUCAGAAUCCAAAGCCUGUGCAUCAAGAAUGUUUGGGGUCUUUUUAGCCUCCCGAUUAGGGCUUAGGGCGGUGGUUCUUGGCUCGGAGCGGCAUCAGACCCCGAGGGCCACCAGGGUUCCGCUGGCAGCAGAGGUGGGCCUGGGAGCGGGUGUUCCCCUUUGUGCCCACAGGGGACCCACUUUGAGAACCCCUGCUUACGGGUUUCCCCUGCCCCAUCUCUUUGAUGUUUCCUUGCAGUUCAUUUGUUCAAGUAAACAGGUUGUUUCUUUGACGGU